AUGCCUCAGGAGUUAAAACCUAUACCGGAACUUGACCACACCCGGAUGCCGGAACAACAUCCUGCUUCUUCUCAAGUAAACAUGGCUGUUGAUCUGAAGACGAACAGUGCUAGCCUUUCAAAGGCUUGGCAAGAUAUCUUUGAUGAUAAAUGUGAAACAGAUUGGUGAGUGUUUGUUUAAGUAAAGUCCAAACGUUUGAAACGGGAAUUUUUGCUACAAUACAGCUCGAUACAUGUUAUGCUUUGCCACUUGUAUUUCACUCUCUAGGGCAUUAUUUGGUUACGAGAAAAAUUCCAACACUCUGAAGCUUGUUGAAACUGGAGGUACUAUUCUUUCUUGGCAAUAUAUUCAACCCAGCAAGCUUUCUAUUAUUUAUAAUGAAAAUAUGACUUGCUUUCCUGUCAUAAAACCUAUCUGUUUACCACAAAUGUGAUAUUGCAACACGGUCUCAUAUAUUGUCAUUUUGAAUUCUGAAUUUUGCUUCGAAGUUUGGGAGUAAAAACAUCAAAAUAUAAAUCUUGAAUUGUAGUGUAAAGUAUAUUUUAUCAAGCAAGAUCUUAAUGAAUUAAUCGGCGUGCCCAGGAAUGUAUAUAAUGCACUGUAGCAAUUAUGAAAUUGUCAGAUUUGUUGCAUUUGGGCUUCACUUCCGGUUUUAUUAUCACACUGUAUUUCUUGAGCAUUACAGUUGUUUCAAUUUACUUUUGUCUAGAAUGACCUGAACUUUGUUCCGGACAUCCUAACUUGUUGUGGAUGUUAAACGUUCACGGUGAAAUUCACACACUAGCCAUUUCCUUGGCUUGUUUAAUUCAAAGAUAUAUAAUUAAAUCAGAGGCUUUGUUUACAAUUGUGCUUGUGAAUUUCAUUAUGAAAUUUUGAACUUUGGGUCAGCAUCUACUAGUGAGUAGGGUGAUGCGGUUUUUCGGUAAACCGGAAAACACCAAUUUUUUUUUAAAACCGAAUUACUCGAUGUUACUUUUGGAGAAAAACCGGAAAACCGGAAAAAACAAAAAAACCGGGAAGAAACGAAGAAAAAUCGGUAUUUUACUAAAAUCGAACCAUACAGUUUUGCGCGAGCUUGAAGUCUUGAACGGAUAAGCGAUUAAGCGGAUCAAACGAUGGUGAAUUUUGAUUUGCUAGCAACAAAGGCGGACAUCUGCGAAGACAGGUCUAAAAUAUUCAUAUCGAACACGGCAUAGUUUCGAUUUUCGAACGUAUUUUUUUAAAAAACCGGUUCACUCGGUUUUUUCGGUUUUUUUUGGUCGGUUUUCGGUUUUUUGUAGAAACCGCCUCACCCUACUAGUGAGAACAUUGUUUUCCUCCCCUUCCCCAUCCCUUGGAUUGAACAUGUAUAUUUUAUCUGUACCAUUGGGGUGGGGGGAAGGGGAUGGGUGUGCAGAUCAUUUGUGGAAUGUGAAGUGACCCAUUAAAAUUUAUGGCAUUUAGAUGAAGGUUUAGAGGAGCUAAGUGAUGAAUGGAAUAGUGGUAAAAUGUUGUAUGCUGGUUUGAAAGUGAUUGAUCCUAAUACAAAUCUGCCAAAAUAUGUGUUUAUUAGCUGGGUUUGUAUUUUCCUUAAUGUUGCUGUUUAAUUUACCACCAUUACUGCGAUUAUUAUCACCAAAACUACCACCACACUAUCAUUGCACCAUAAAUACCAUCAUUACUUAACCAUCACCACCAAUAUCAUAAUUACCAUCACUCAUGGUACCAUUACCAUCAUUGCACCAUUAAUACCAUCAUUACUUAACCAUCACGGCACCACCACCAUUAUCAUAAUUACCAUCACUGGUACCAUCACUAUCAUUACACCAUAAAUACCAUCAUCACCAGUAUCAUCAUUAUCACCACAAUACCAUGAUUACUCUCACACUAUUAACACCAUUAUUUCACCACACUAUAAUUCUCAACCUACAUUUUAGUCACCACCAGUACCAUCAUUAUCUCUGGCAUGGUACUGUAACAUUAGUCACAGCUAUAAUUAACAUGGCCACUACUACAAUUAAUCCUCACUACUAUCCAAGUGCCUGGGAACAAGACUGACUGCUAUCAAUAUCAUUGUCACCACUUCUGUUAUUGCAGCAACCAUCAACCAUUAUUUCUAGCAGUGACCUCAACAACCACCCAGUAACCAGUAUUAUUAUACAUUUAAUAUGUAUUCUCGUUUCUAAUUGGUCAGAAAGCACCGGCUAAUUUUCAGUAUUUGGCAUUUAUUACGUAUUUUCCGCCGAUGACGUCAUCAGUGUCCAAUAAUUGUUUUUUUGGAUCGAACUUGCAUCCAAAAAAAAAUUAUUGGACUCUCUCGUGCCCAAACCCUUGCGCGGCCAAAAGCUUGAACCUAUAAGCGCGCGAAAAAACAAAACAAACAAUGGCCUACAGCAGAUUUGCUUCGCUGAAUGAAAGUGAACUCUCCAAAUUAUUGGCAGAUAAGGAUAGUGAAAGCACGAAAAAAGCCACAAAGGGGUAAAUAGAAGUAGAAAUAGAAUAUUUAGCUGACCUUUGACUUUGUGCAAGGUGUUUGAUACUCAAAUUGUACUUUUCCUACCUCAUGAACAGGAAUCGUUUUAUACGUUUCUCAUGUCUUUAAAUGUAUAAUAAAACAAUUAUUGGAUUCGGCUUUCGCAUGAUAUCAAGAAUUAUUCUGACCUCGGUCUAUGUUAUCCGCCUCAGCUUCGCUUUGGCAGAUAACAUUGACCUCGGUCUGAAUAAUUCUUGAUAUCAUGCUCAGCCUCAUCCAAUAAUUGCUUAUUAAUACUAUCAAAAUCACCCAUUGCCAUUACUGUCACCAUAACCAACAGAUUAUUCCAACCAUCAUCAUUACAAUGAUCACCAUCAUUGCUCACCUACCAGCUACAUGUACAUUACCACUGUCAUAACUAUGACCAUCUUACCAGGAGCAUUGCCAAUACCAUCAACAUCACCAGUAAUAAUUGCCAUCACCAUUACAAUUAUAAAAUCACCAUUACUUAUACUGUACAUUUAAUACUACCAUCAUAGUUGCCACCAUCAUAUUCAUUAUCCCCAUAUUGUAAUCAUAUUAUACUGUUGAGUGGCAGCAUUUUCUCUUAAAGUAAAAUUGUCUGGCAUUAGACAAAGUAAAACAAUAAAGUAGGAAGGGCAUGUGACUCAGGAUGUAUUGCCACUUAUCAUAUACUAAUGUUUUCGGGUUGUUUUGAGUUUGUUUUGGGUUUGUUUUGGGUUUGUGUUGGGUUUGUGUUGAGGGUGUUUGGGGUUGUUUUGGAUUUGUUUUGGGGUUGUUUUGGGUUUGUUUGGGGGUUGUUUUGAGGUUCUUUUGGGGUUUGUUUUGACUUUGUUUUGAGUUUGUUUUGAGGUUGUUUUGGGGUUGUUUUGGGGUUGUUUUGGGGUUGUUUUGAGUUUGUUUUGGACUUGUUUUGGGUUUGUUUGGGGGUUGUUUCACUAGUCCAUAUCACCAUCAUGACAAACCAUAAUUGCCACCAUCAUUGUUCCAUAAAUAUCAUUAAUUAAAAUACAUUUCUUAUAUGUUCAUUUUGAAGCAAGGAGAAGGGGUUCCAUCAUCAAGAAAAGGAGUAUGUGCAAAUCAUGUCAGAGAUGUUGAGAAAUUCUUUAAGGUUUAUAUUCUUGACUAAUAAAUUGUAGUUUUGCAUCUACAGUGUUAUCUAGGUAUGCACCAGAUGUCAUAUUUGGGUCAGAUGGUGAAAUAAUCUCAUUAUAGAAAAUAGAAAUGAUGUAAUAUAGUUUAAAAAGUACAAGUAUUUAUCAUAUUUUACUUGAAAUGAUUGUAGAGAAGCUGGUAUUAUUUUCAAGAUUUUUCAUGCUCACUUGCAAAUGCGAAAAAGUAGGUUUGAAAUUUGAGCAAGGCUUUUCCAACCAUGCAUGUUUAUUGAUGUUGGACUGUGAAGUUCUUUCCUAUCAUUUCAAGUCAAUAUAUUAUAAAAACCAUCACUUUAUAACCAAUGAAAUUAAUCAUUUAACCUUGAAUGGUUAGGCCUGAGCCUUAUAUAACCAAUAUCCCGCCGGAGGAUAAUUUUGCAGGAAAUUUUUCAACUAUCAGCCAUAUCCAGUAUUCGGCUGGAUAGUAAAAUACUCUAUACAGUGCACCCACAACUGUGAUUCAAUCAUUAACAAAUUAACCAAAAUGGUACUGUAUUCACGUUUCCACAUCAAACUCCUGUACACUUACCUGUAGGUGUACCUAUUUUUGUAUAUUUUAGUUUAAUGUAGUGUCUCGUUCCUCUAGGGACAUCACGUAGCAAUACUUGCACGUUGUGACGAGGAUGUGGAAGAAGACGUUAUUCUUGAUAAAGUUAAAAAAUCAUCAGGUAAAAAAGCACUGAUAUUGUAAGUGACUUUUCAUAUCUCAAAAUGCCAUCUCAAAACUUCAUGAAAUGAAUGUUAGGAUCCAAUUUCCUCCAAACCAAAUGUUGUCUUUUGCAGCCAUGCAUUUAUGCAACUUAUCUCAAUUUUUAGGAGCAAACUACAGCUUUCAUAAAGAAAAAGCGAGACCUGUCGAAGCACCAACCGCUGUGG